GCUUCAACACAAACAUUACAUGAUUAUAUCGUGUUCUUCCUUCCAUUAAGACAGACGAUACAAUGCCGCCCCAAGCCUCUGAUUGGACAACUUUGGCUCAAAAAAGAGCGGACGAAAAGAAGACUCAUGUAAGCUUUCCGCAGUUGAAGUAUCCUUCACUUAGAGAUGAAUGGAUAAGAGAUCCAAUAAAUUGGUUGCAAGGUAAGGCCAUGGAUGAUGGAGCGGAAGGACUGUGGAGGGUGAACGACAAAUUAUAUGAUUUAAGUGAUUUUGUGAAAAAACAUCCAGGCGGCGAAGAAUGGCUGGAGCUCACUAAGGGUACGGAUAUCACCGAGGCGUUUGAGGCUCAUCAUAUUAAUCCUGCAACAGAGAAACUUCUGGACAAAUAUUAUAUUCGAGACGCUUCCAGUCCCCGCAACUCUCCUUUCACAUUUGAAGAAGAUGGUUUUUACAGAACAUUGAAAAGAGCGGUAUAUGAAGACUUAAAGAAAAUACCCAAAGAUGUUUCCAAAACCUCGAAUAUGAUCACUGAUGGCUUAUUUCUCUCUCUUUUAUGUACUUCUGUAUUCGCAUGCUGGACUGAAAAUUAUUAUUUAGCAAACAUUUGGUACCUACUCGCAUCUGUAAGUCUUGCUCUUUUGACUGUGGCUUGUCAUAACUACAUUCAUAGAAAGACAAAUUGGAGGAUGUAUUUGUUUAAUAUGAGUAUGUGGUCUUACAGAGAUUUUCGCGUGUCUCACGUAAUAUCUCACCAUCUUUACACGAACACGCUGAUGGAUUUGGAGAUCAGUUCCUUGGAGCCGUUCCUGUUCUUCAAUCCCAGGAAGGAUAAACCACUCCACGCGAGAUUGGGAUUCAUUACGGAAUUAUUUCUGUUCCCGUUUAUAUUUCUACUCAGCUUUACUAAGAGAUUCCUGUCACUAUUCCUCCGUCGAGACUUCUUCCGAAGGCACUACCGCUGGCAUGACGCCAUCGGCCUCCUGCUUCCAGUGUGGAUGUGUCUGAUCAGCGGGUCUCCGGUACUGCAUGUAGUGUACACGUGGCUUUACAUUAAUUGCACCGGCAGCUUACUGUUCUACCUGAUCGGUGUGAACGCGGCCCAUCAUCAUCCUGAUGCUAUUAAAGAUGGUGAUCAACCUAAGUCUGAGACUCCAGACUGGGGUCUUCACCAAGUGGAAGCCCUCCUCGACAGAAAGGAUAUUAACGGGAAUACUUUUGCCGUCAUGACAUUCUUCGGAGAACACACAUUGCACCACAUGUUUCCUACGCUCGACCACGGAAUACUUAAAUACUUAAAACCUAUAUUUUUAGAACAUUGCGAAAAAUACCAAGCCAACUAUAAGGUGUCCACGCAGUUCCAAAUGGUUAUAGGACAGAUAAGGGAAAAUUUGCGAACUGAAUUUAAAAGCAUCGAAGCCUUAUAAUUGUAUAGUCUACUCAUGUUUUAAUACCUUCUACUUUUAAUAAUGCAAUCUUUAUUUUUCGAAUGUAAUAUUAUUUUUGAUAU